AUGGCUCGGCGGCUGGCCAUCCGUCCCCGGUCUGCCCCGGACCACCUGCAGGUGCUGUACAAGCGCGUGUGUGAGUACCUGGAGCUGGACCUGAGGGUGGAGGUGCUCAACACGCGGUUCAUGGUGCUGCAGGAGUUCCUUGACCUGCUGCGGGAGCACCAGAACAACAAGCACAUGGUUCGGCUUGAGUGGGUGGUGAUCUGGUUGAUUGUGGUGGAGGUGAUCGUGGGGCUGUUCGAGGUGGCCGGCCUGAUCGGCAUCAUGCCCGAGCCCGGGCACGCGCGCCGCUGA